AUCUUCCCGGAAAUCGGACGCAAGCGAGAUUCUCCUGCUUGGCUUUCUGCUGCACGACAUCAAAAACCGCAAGGCCGAAGAGAUUUGCACGCAGAAGAAGCAGAAUGGCGAGCGCUAACUUGGAAGAUGUUCCUUCUGUGGAUCUCAUGACUGAGCUUCUCCGUCGCAUGAAGUGCGCCUCCAAACCCGACAAGCGUCUCAUUCUCAUUGGUCCACCUGGAUCAGGGAAGGGCACCCAAUCACCAAUCAUAAAGGAUGAGUAUUGUUUGUGCCACCUAGCUACUGGUGACAUGUUAAGAGCUGCUGUAGCAGCUAAAACCCCUCUUGGCAUCAAGGCUAAAGAAGCAAUGGAUAAGGGAGAACUUGUUUCAGAUGACUUGGUUGUUGGAAUUAUAGAUGAAGCAAUGAAGAAACCAUCGUGUCAGAAAGGUUUCAUUCUUGAUGGUUUUCCUAGAACUGUGGUCCAAGCACAGAAGCUUGAUGAGAUGCUGGAAAGGAAGGGAGCAAAACUAGACAAAGUACUCAAUUUUGCAAUUGAUGAUGCAACCCUUGAAGAGCGGAUUACAGGUCGCUGGAUACACCCAUCCAGUGGGAGAACCUACCAUACAAAAUUUGCCCCACCGAAGGUUCCAGGAGUUGAUGAUGUUACUGGGGAACCCCUGAUUCAGCGCAAGGAUGACACUGCGGCUGUCUUGAAGUCUAGACUGGAAGCAUUUCAUAAACAAACUGAACCUGUGAUUGAUUAUUAUUCGAAGAAAGGUCUGGUUGCUAACCUUCCUGCGGAGAAACCUCCCAAAGAGGUGACAACUGAAGUCGAGAAGGCUCUGUCCUCAUAGUGCUUUCUAAGGAAGCGUGGAUUUUUUUGGUGUUAAUUUUUAAUUUCUAAUUUAAGCGUGCCAAAGAUGCGGGAUCCGCUUGACUUUGAACGUGGCUCAUUUUUCCCAAAGAAACUUCCAUGCCGGCUCUCGUCAAAAAUGACACUUGGUGAGUUACAUCUCCGAAAUAAAAGGUUAAUUGAGGAAA